AUGGCAGCUCCUCCCUGUGUCAGUAAUGUGAAAAUAGUUGGAGAUGCUGUUGAGGGAAGUACCAUCAAAGGAGUUGGUGAUUACUUUGGUGGAAGGGAGGGUCCGAGUAAGUUUGAAUGGCUGCGGGAGAACAGGGAUUCUGGCAAGGUGACUGCAACUGGUAUUGUAACUGGAGGAACUGAAGGAUCUAGCAGAGUUCAGUGGUAUAAAACAUAUUUGUCAACUUUGGAUGAAAACAAUCUUGAAGCAUUGAGUACUUCCAAAAUUGCUAAAGCGUUCCGCAUACCUCUUGGAGCAGUUGGCUAUUACAUUGUGGCAAAAUUUACACCCAUGACUCCUGAUGGUGAUUGUGGAGAACCAGUGUUUGUAAUAUCUGAUAAAGCAGUUGAGACUCUUCCCCCAAGCUUGAAUUUCUUAUCUAUCAUUGGAGAUUACAAUGAAGAUGGAAUUUUGACAGCUUCAUACGGAUAUGUUGGAGGUCAUGAGGGAAAGAGUAUAUACAGUUGGUAUAUUCAUGAGGUUGAAGGUGAUUCUGGGUCUCUGAUAUCAGGGGUUUCAGGACUGCAGUAUCGUAUUACCAAAGAAGCCAUUGGAAAAUUCAUCUCAUUCCAGUGUACUCCAGUACGUGAUGAUGGUGUUGUAGGUGACAUAAGAAUUUGCAUGGGCCAGGAGCGUGUUCGUCCUGGAAGCCCAAGAUUACUUUCCUUACACAUAAUUGGAAAUGCUGUUGAAGGAACGAUUCUAAGAAUUGAAAAAAAGUAUUGGGGUGGUAAAGAGGGAGAUUCAGUUUACCGCUGGCUUAGGAACACUUCUGAUGGCACAAAAAAGGAAAUUGCGGGUGCCACUGCUGCAUCAUAUAUGCCCUCAGUUGAUGAUAUUGGCUCCUUUAUUUCUGUUUCAUGCGAGCCCGUCCGAACUGAUUGGGCUCGUGGACCUAUGUUUCUGUCUGAACAAAUUGGGCCUAUAAUUCCUGGUCCCCCAACUUGUCAUUCUCUGGAAUUUCUUGGAUCAAUGGUAGAAGGGCAGCACUUGAGCUUUAAUGCUGUGUAUACCGGAGGGGAGCAAGGAGAUUGUACCCAUGAGUGGUUUAGGGUAAAAGACAAUGGUGUGCGAGAGAAAAUAAGUAGCAAUGAAUUUUUGGAUUUGACACUUGAGGAUGUUGGUGCAUGCAUUGAAAUAAUCUAUACUCCUGUGCGCAAAGAUGGAACCAAAGGCAGCCCAAAGAGCAUCGUGUCUGAUCUGAUUUCUCCUGCGGAUCCUAAGGGAAUGAAACUUGUAAUUCCCGAUUGCUGUGAAGACAGAGAACUUAUGCCCAAGAGAAAAUAUUUUGGUGGACAUGAAGGGGUUGGAGAGUAUAUUUGGUAUCAGACAAAGUAUAAACUUGAAGGAUCUGAGCUCCUAGAUAUAUCUAAUGCUUCUGAUGCUUUAAUAUGUGGGACAGAGCUAAUGUAUAAACCAUUGCUUAAAGAUGUUGGAGCUUACUUGGCUUUGUAUUGGGUACCUACUCGGGCAGAUGGCAAAUGUGGAGAGCCAUUGAUUGCAAUUAGCAGUACACCAGUUUCCCCUGCUCCUCCAGUAGUGUCUAAUGUACGCGUGAAAGAGUUGUCUUCGGGAAUUUAUUCUGGAGAAGGUGAAUAUUUUGGUGGAUAUGAAGGAGAAAGUCUCUUUAGCUGGUAUAGAGAAAAUAAUGAGGGAACCGUUGAACUAGUUAAUGGGGCAAAUUCUAAAAACUAUGAAGUUACUGAUUCGGAUUACAAUUGUCGAUUGUUGUUUGGAUAUACACCCGUUCGGUCAGAUUCAGCUGUGGGAGAACUCAUUUUAUCUGCUCCAACUAAUAUUGUUUUCCCAGAGCUUCCAUAUGUGGAAAUGCUUGCUCUGACUGGAAAGGCGAUUGAAGGUGAUGUUCUUACAGCUGUUGAAGUGAUUCCAAAUAGUGAGACUCAACAACAUGUAUGGAGCAAGUACAAGAAAGAUAUAAGAUACCAAUGGUAUUGUUCGUCAGAAGUUGGAGACGGUUUUUCAUAUGAUCCAUUACCUAAUCAGAGUUCUUGCUCCUAUAAGGUGCGGCUAGAGGAUAUUGGUCAUCAUUUAAAAUGUGAGUGUAUCGUAACUGAUGUGUUUGGAAGGUCAGGUGAGGCAGUAUGCAUUGAGACAACACCUGUAUUGCCAGGAAUUCCUAGAAUACACAAGCUGGAGAUUGAGGGAAGGGGAUUUCACACCAAUCUCUAUGCUGUUCAUGGCAUUUACAGUGGUGGAAAGGAAGGCAAAAGUAGAGUUCAGUGGCUUAGAUCAAUGGUUGGAAGUCCUGACCUGAUCUCCAUUCCAGGAGAAACUGGAAAAAUGUAUGAGGCGAAUGUUGAUGAUGUUGGCUAUAGGCUGGUGGCCAUUUAUACUCCUGUAAGAGAGGAUGGAGUCGAGGGGCAAUCAAUUUCGGUAUCCACAGAGCCAAUUGCAGUUGAGCCCGAUGUUCUUAAAGAAGUGAAGCACAAUCUUGAUCUUGGAUCAGUGAAGUUUGAGGUAUUAUGUGACAAAGACCAAACCUCAAAAAAGAUUUCAUCGGUGGGCACAUAUGAGAGACGUGUCCUUGAAAUUAACAGGAAAAGGGUCAAGGUGGUAAAACCUGCCACGAAGACUUCUUUUCCAACAACAGAAAUUCGUGGAAGUUAUGCCCCUCCCUUUCAUGUGGAGCUUUUCAGGAAUGAUCAACACCGUCUUAGGAUUGUCGUUGACAGUGAGAAUGAAGCAGACUUGAUGGUACACUCCCGACACAUUCGGGAUGUUAUUGUUCUUGUGAUUCGAGGACUUGCUCAGAGAUUCAAUAACUCACACUUGGAUUUUCAAACACUUUCUUCAUCGAGUAGGAAGGCAAUGAGAAACUAG